GGUCACACGCCACUCCACCUAGGAACAGCUGAUUCGGACUAUACCUAGCCUAAGCUGGUAGGAGACGACGAAUUCCCAUCGGGGUCGUCCGUCCGCCUCUUCUGCGGGUGGUGAAAUGUCGUGGAGCGGGCCUGUGGCCGGUGCUACACCAUACCAGGCAGCACCAUAUGCAAACAAUCAAUCUGGCUAUGGCCAACAUCCACCUCACCAGUAUGGUCAGCACCCAACUUACGGUCAGUAUCAACAGGGACCGCCGUAUCCUGGGCCGCCGCAACGAUCACACGACAGCAGACCACCUAAGAAGAAAGGCAAUCCAAUCAUAACGCGUUAUCCUCCUCCUCCAGGAUAUCGAGGGCCGGCACAGCCUCAGGGGCAUUACCAUACUGCUCAGCAUUCUGCUCAGUAUCAAGCCCCACCACAGCCUGGCUUCCCGCAAGUGCCUCCAGCACAACCUACCUAUCCAGUCCAAGCUUAUGCUGCUGCACCUCCCCAACAAGUAUAUCCCCCUCCACAUUAUGGACCUCCACAAGCAUCUACUUAUCCGCCAUCGUACCCUCAAGGACAGAACUACCAAUGGCCCUUGCAAAGCUUCCAACCAGGUCAACCCUCUUCACAGCCAUCUCUUUACCCAGGCACCCAAGGCUAUGCAGCACCAAACACAUCAUAUCCACCAUAUCCGGCACGCACAACAGCAGUAGAUGCUGGCCAGCAAGCGUACAAUCAUGUCAAGGGUUGGUCUCGGACACAAUCGCAGCCAAAUUAUCCGCUACAGAAUCAGUACAACGGGCAGAGUGGCUCAGAUGUCGUUGACCAACCGAUGACGGAUUCCAAUGCAACCCCAACACCUGCUACCGCCCAUCUUGGUCAGGAUCCAUCAACAUUAUCGUCUCGUGCCACCUUGCAUGAUAAUACGACAGACCAAAAGCCAGAACUCUAUCUGGCAUGGGAUGAUUGGGAUUUUGAUUUCGACGGCGCCAUCUGGCCCAAAAGCAAUGAACCCGUGGAUCCAAAUCUUAGUCUCGGUGUCAUCAUCUGGCAUCCAGCCAAGCAGGUGACUCGAGCAUUGCCGGCCACAUUCGAGGAGGCCGAGGAGCAAUCCCUGAAGCCCACUCCUGAAAAGCUAGGAAACGGCGAGUCAGUGUCCAUCUAUUUCACGACAGAGAAUUCUCAUGAGGCAUUCCUAAACGUUAGGCAAACUGACGAAUGGGAUUGCAUCAAGGAUGAUCCCGCCUUUGUGACCUUCGCGGACGAAGAGAUGCAAAACAAUCUCGUACCCAUCGAGGACUGCAUCGCCCAACGAGAUCGGCCAGACGAGCUAGUCGAUUUGGAUGCCAGCACCGCGGACGCAGAGAUGCACGAAGCUGAUUGGAGUGUGAUGGAUCACCUAGAGCAAGUGUUGUCAGCGAGCGGCGAGAAGCCUAGAUCUACGAGCCGAGACCGUACAUCACAACAUUGUAGACCUCAGACGCAAGAAGAUAUACUUGCCUCACUUGGAGUUACAGGCUUGCCUAAGCCUGUGUCAGAAGAGUCAGUGCCUUUUCCAGCUCCGGUGCAAGAGAUUGAGUCAAUUGUCUCGCUGCCUGAGAAACCCAGUCUACCUUUACAAUCCUCUACAAUAUCUCGACCUCAGGCAGAGCAGCAGAGAAGUCAGUCAUUAAGUGGCGCUCCUGCCAGCAGUGCCCACUCUCUGCUGCAGCGAUCCUAUGGCUCGAUAUCCUCUUCAAUCGUAGGUCCACCUCCGCCCCCUCCGCCUCCUCCGGAGCAAAACCGAUACGAUCCCUGGAACCCCAGCAACCGUCACCAGCAAUAUCACGCCAAAGGCUUUAAUGGGGGGCGAGGAAGUCCUGCUCGGUCUGAGGCUAGCAAUGGAACCGCAGCUGGGUCUGACUUUGGAAUCGAGAACCCGACCGAUCUCAAUGAUAUAUCCCUUACCCCUGGUUCGAAGUCCGAACGCAACGACAGCUCUGCGUCCAGGAAGAGGAGCUAUGGUGAUACUGACGCCGACGACGAUCGCGUACGAGAGCAUGAUGAUCAUACCAAGAGGAAGCGUCGCUCCCAAGUUGAUGCAGCAUAUGGGUAAGGACUCAAACUUUAUACAACACUUGACUUUUGUCUUUAACCAGUGUUACUGACG